AUGACGUGCGAGAGGCCGGCCAAGGAGGAUGCCUCGAAACCCUGGCACAAGGGCGAGAAGAAGAAGAUGAAGGAGGUCGUCGGGCCGGUUUUUAAACCCAACUCUUCGAACAUUUGCGAGACGGCGAAUCCUUGUGAAAAUGGCGCGAGCUGCCAUUUCUCGCCGAGAAGAAAUGAUUAUAAAUGUCGAUGUCUGAAGGGAUGGACGGGGAAGAAUUGCACACAAUCUGCUGAAUUCGACCCCUGCUCCUCGAACCCAUGCCAAAAUGGGGCCACCUGCCAAGCCAAAAAAGAGAAAGGACAGCCGACCACGUACGAGUGCUACUGUGCACGGGAUUACGGUGGCCCGAGCUGUGAUCAGCGCCCCUGCGAGCAGAAUCCGUGCCAAAACAACGGCACGUGCCGGACGACGCGCUCCCAUCAGCUGUAUUUCUGCGAUUGCCCGAACGGGUUCGGGGGCCGCGAUUGUGAUGUUGCAAUCGGCCAAACGCCGCCGGAGAAAUUCGGGAAAAACGUGGAGCAAGUGUCGUCCGGGCGGGCCGAAUGGGUCAAUGAGAUGAAGCUGCGCUUCGCCAACAAGAAAAAGAGUGACGCGGACGAUCCGGAAGGGGCGGCAGCCGCCGCAAAAGAAGCCGCCGCCGCCGACGAGCCGUAUAAAGACGCCAAGCAAAAGAAGCGAGAGCGUGAGGAGAAGGAGGAAAAGGAGAAGCUCGAGGCGGCCGCCAUUCAAAAGGCCGAGGAGGGAAAGCGGAAGAAGGCCCAGCAGGAGGAGGAGGUAGGC